GCACCAACUAUGCUUUGUUUUAUUUUUAAAUAAAGAUUUCUUGAUACAGCUUAGACUGUUUCUCAAACCUUUUGCAAGAAUAUUCGUUAAAAAGAAAGUGUACGCAAUUGACCAAAAUUUUGAAUAGACAUUGUUUUAGAAUACUGCAUUCCCUCAGGCUGAAGCGUCCUUGAAAAUAAAAUAUGCAGCUGUGAUUUCUCAUCGAUUUUAGAGGAAAGAUGAGUACCGGUUCUUCAGUGGCUUUGAACCUAAGAAGGCUAGAAGGUAAGGUGGCGUUGAUAACAGGAGGUGCUAGUGGCAUAGGUGAGAGUACAGCAAGGCUUUUUGUCCAGCAUGGUGCAAAGGUCCUUAUUGCAGACGUCCAAGAUGAUCUCGGACAAGCUAUUUGUCAAGAGCUUGGAGAAGAAAACAUCACAUAUGUUCACUGUGAUGUUACGUUGGACUCAGAUGUCGGAAGUGCAGUUGAUUUAGCUAUCUCCAAGUAUGGAAAGCUUGAUAUCAUGUUCAACAACGCCGGUAUAAGCAGUCCUGACGAGAAUAUAGUUUCUUCAGAUGAUGAGAGAUUCAAGAAAGUUCUUGAUAUCAAUGUGUUUGGAGGGUACUUGGGUGCCAAACACGCUGCCAAAGUGAUGAUUCCAGCCAAGAAAGGAUGCAUUCUCUUCACUGCAAGCGUAUUCUCGGUCAUAGCUGGCACUGAUGCCGCACAUGCCUAUGUGACAUCAAAGCACGCCCUUGUGGGGUUGGCUAAGAAUCUGUGUGUUGAGUUGGGGCAGUAUGGGAUAAGAGUGAAUUGCAUUUCGCCAUACGGAGUGGCGACUCCACUGCUAAGAAGACCUUUCGGCAUGAUAGCGAAGGAGAAAUUGGAGGAGGUGGUUUCCAUGGGGGCAAACUUGAAGGGGACGGUGUUGGAACCAGAAGAUGGGGCUCAAGCUGCUCUGUAUUUAGCGAGUGAUGAGUCUAAGUACGUAAGUGGACUCAAUCUGGUCAUCGAUGGAGGCUACAGCACCACCAAUCCCUCAAUAUCCACGGUUCUUAAGAGCCUGUUUUCUUAAUUUGGGGUGUUUCAAUAAGUUGGUCGAAUCCAAUUCGGACUGAAAGGUGCAAAACAACGUUCACAAUAUAUAUAUAUAUAUAUAUAUAUAUAUGCAGACUGAUAUUAUGUCAUUCUAAGAGUGUAUUUUUGUUCAAUUAACUA